CCUAGUUCACUUCCGAACAUUGCGAUUGUGUUUAUUUUUUAUUGUUACUGAAACUAUCUAAAAUGUUGCCGCUGAUGGAAGAACCCGUGUUUCCCAAGCUCUAUGUCAAUCAUUCCCUGCUUUAUAGGGAAGCGGAUUUAAUCAAUGCCUUGCUACGAAGUUUGAAGAUAGCUCAAAACGAGUAUCGUAUUCGGGUGGGAUUUAACAACGCAAUGAAGAUUUUGGAACUUGACCCCUCAUCGGUUGUUAUGUGCAUACUGCCAGUUGGCACGGAUAAGAAAGAUCCGUUAUCGCACCUGCAGGUAAUGUUAAUAGAGGCAUAUUGCACCGAAAACGGAAUACGUCUGCUUAAAGUGGUAUCCUCGGAUGAACUUUCCCACAUUGUUAAACCGCUACCAGAGACCGAUGACGAAGCGGACGAUAUGGAAGAUGAUUUUAUGGAUGAUGACUGCAGCAGCUUAAUUGUUAUACAGAAUUCCCAUCAUAUGCACAAUGCGGAUUAUGAGUUGCAGAAGAUAUAUGAUUGCGCCAGCUUGCACUGCAGUGCUCGGCCUAUCAUCCACUUGCCCAGUUAAAAAAGCAGCCAGUGCACUCACUACAGUAUUACGGAAUACACGCUGUUAGUAGCGGAUGACGAUACUCGGUGGACAUGGGCGACCCAUAUCUGACUGUUGGCAGAUGCAGUGCCGAACGGCUGUUACCAGCCCACGGAUCGGACGAGAGGGAGAACUGGAGCAUUGGUUUGUUGAAUUGGGUUAAGCCUGGAAGAGGUUGCAUACGAUUUCCAAGGUCAAUGGAUACGAUGGAAAAGUGGAACGCAACAAUUGUCCCGGUUCAUGCUUGCCUUCGAACAGCGGAAUGCAUCGAGCGGAAACGGUUUUUUGAUAUACACCUUGAUGGGUGCCUUUCUUUCUCUAUAUCAUUUUCUUGUAAUCUGUAAAUUUUGCUUUCAUCGCCUUCGUUUCGCCUUUUUGGUAUGUUUAAUUGGACCAUUCUCAUGAAUGAUUGAAUCAGAAAGUGAAAAUGCAGCUUAUUAGACCAAUAAAUCCAUAAAUUUG